GACGAUUCAAUCUUGUAAAUCUUGUAUUAAAGGUAAAGUUAAUUAUCCAUUAAUGCAAUUUGCUCAUCAGGCUUGCAGAUCAUGCUUGCUAAUGAUUUCAUAUAGAUUAAUACUUUAAACACACUUGGUAAGCGAACGCAUGUGAACAUUGAUAACGAUAUUGUGCAACCAAGAAAAAAAAGUGUUUCAACCAAAAUAGUAAACAAAUACAGAUCACCUGUCAAUGAAUAUGAAAGAUCUUUAUCAUCAACUGGUUAUCAACUUCCGUCUCUUUUUUUUGAUAAAGAUGGAGGAUUCCCUUUUUCAACUCGUCCAAUGUCUAACCCACCAGAAAAUUUACAAAAUCCCGAAGAUAAAAGCUGGCUAGACCAAUAUAUGAUUGAUAAAGUAUUAAGAGAUAAUAAACUUAAUAAUGAAUGGUUAUACAACAAUCUUCGGGAUGAAUUACAUUCAUUAUUUUUACGAACACGUAACUUAGAUGUUUCAAACAAAUUGUUAAAGGAUUUUGUAAUGACUAUGUAUACCAGUCUUAAUGCCAUGCAAAUAAGAGACUCACUCGCAGAUCGUUUACGAGGUUGUAAUAAUGAUUGGCGAUGCAAACUUUGGAAAAAAAUUAUAGCUUUAUAUAAUAGUUUACGUCAAAAAUAUGACAAAGAUGAUCAACUUUCGGCAAUGGACCUUUCAGAUUUUUUGGUUAACGAAAAUAUUCAACAAGUUUUUAAGCAAUGGACUGGAAAUAUCAGUCCAGAUGCAAUUAAAAAUGCAUCUGAUGCAUUAAAAAAUGUAAUAUUGAUAGGAUUCAGAUCACUAGAAAGUGCUGAUUCACAGGAGAAGGCACAUGACAUAUUUUUUAAUCUUCAUACUGAUUUAUAUACGGUAAAUCUUGAUUUUCCUACUGAUUAUAAUAUUGGAACUUCAAUUGAUCUUUCACCGUACAAUUUUGUAUCUCAAAGCAGAAAAAGCAGCCCAAAAAAAAUUAAAGAUAACCAUGAAAAAUA